UGUCCCUUUAAACACACUGAUCUCCUCAGCAGACACUUUCUACUUUAAUAUCAGCUGACUUUGACAGCAGACUUUUAAGAGACACCUUUCUUUUUCGUUUGCUUGUCCCUUUCUGUUGUAAAAGACACUUUGUGGAGACUUUUUCUUUGAUCUGAGGAACUUUUCCUCUUCUUCCUGUUGCUCUGAGGGAAUCUUCUGCAGAGGCUGAUGGAUCUGUCCGACCUUCCCUUCCCUCUCUCCUCUGCCGACGACCUCUACGAUGACCCCUGCUUCGGCACCAGCGACAUGAACUUCUUUGACGACCUGGACUCCCGGCUGAUGCACGCCAGCCUGCUGAAGUCAGAGGACCAUCUUCAUCACCAUCAUCACCACCACGUCCCCGUCUCAGAGGAGGAGGACGAGCAUGUGAGGGCCCCCGGGGGCCUCCACCAGACGGGGCACUGCUUGCUUUGGGCCUGCAAGGCCUGCAAGAGGAAAACAUCCCACGAGGACCGGAGGAAAGCAGCGACGAUGAGGGAAAGGCGGCGUCUCGGUAAGGUCAAUGACGCCUUUGAGACCCUGAAGCGCUGCACGGCGUCCAAUCCGAACCAGCGGCUGCCCAAAGUGGACAUCCUGCGCAACGCCAUCAGCUACAUCGAGUCCCUGCAGUUGCUGCUGAGGAGCGGCCGGGACGACGGCUUCUACCCACCGCUGGAGCACUACAGCGGGGAUUCGGACGCCUCCAGCCCCCACUCCAACUGCUCCGAUGGCAUGAUGGAUUUCAUCUCUCCGUGUUCCACCAGAAGUGAGAACAGUGAUGGUUCCUCCUGCAGCCACACAGAUGAUUCCAGCAGCAGUAAACCGUCACUCAUUUCCAGUUUGGACUGUUUGUCCAGCAUCGUAGAGCGGAUCAGCACAGAUCCAGCUGUGGCCCCUCCGGGUGACAGCGUAGUCCCCCGGGGCCCCGAAUCCCCUCAGAACAGCCCUGCGGGCUCCAGUUCCUUUGCUGAGCCCAACAGCAUCUACGAGCCGCUCUGAACCUGACGGAGCCGACGACUCCUAUUCCACAAAACGCCAAAAAACAACAACUUUAUUUUCCUGAAGUUUGAGUCCAGUUUUGAACAUUUGAAGACGGCUGGCACAUUUUCCUGACUGACUUCUGCUGCAGAUACAGUUUAUAACUGAGGACCAUUUUAUACAUCUGUAUAUAAGAGCUGCUUGUUCAUACCACACACACACACACACACACACACACACACACACACACACACUAAAGGAAUGCUGCGAUUGUUGUGUCAUAUGUUUCUAUAUAAUAUUUAUGAGUGAAUGACAUUUUAAUAAAGAAAUAUUUAUAUUCA